ACACCGCGUUUGAUCGUCAGAGGAUCGCAGGAACUCUCAGGAACUCUCAGGAUCUCCUUUAUCUCUUCAUCCCGAUUGAAGCGCACACACACACACACACACAGUUACAGAUGGCUUCAGACAGCAGUGAUUGUUUUGCUGGAUUUUGCCCGGAGUUCCGGUCUUUCGCCACGGACGCGAUUCACGUGGGUCAGGAACCGGAGCAGUGGAGCAGUAUGGCGGUGGUGCCUCCAAUCUCACUGUCCACAACGUUCAAACAGUUCAGUCCGGGAAAACACGCCGGUUAUGAGUACAGCCGCAGUGGGAAUCCCACACGGAACUGUCUGGAAAAAGCCGUCGCUGCUUUGGACGGAGCUCAGUACUGUGUCGCUCUGGCCUCUGGAUUAGCCGCUACUACGACCAUCGUGCACAUGCUGAAGGCUGGAGAUGGGAUCGUCUGCAUGAACGACGUCUACGGAGGAACCAAUCGAUAUUUCAGUAAAAUAGCCGCAGAGAUCGGAUACGACGUCUCCUUCGCCGACUUCACCAAGCUGGACCAGUUAAAAGCAGCUCUAAAGCCCAAAACAAAGCUGCUGUGGAUCGAAACUCCGACGAAUCCGACGAUGAAGGUCGUGGACAUUAAAUCCUGCUCAGAAAUCGCACACGAGUACAACAAGGACAUCAUAGUGGUUGUGGACAACACCUUCAUGUCAGCAUACUUUCAGCGCCCCCUGGCUUUGGGAGCAGACAUGUGCAUGUACUCGGCCACAAAGUACAUGAACGGGCACAGUGAUGUCGUCAUGGGGCUGAUUUCUGUUAACCGCCCAGACCUGUAUGAAAAACUGAAAUUUUUGCAGAACGCUCUGGGAGCCGUUCCAUCUCCGUUCGACUGCUACUUGUGUAAUCGUGGACUGAAGACUCUGCAUCUGAGAAUGAAGCAGCACUUCAGGAACGCAAUGGCGGCGGCCAAGUUUCUCGAAGCUGAUCCCAGGGUGGAAAAAGUCAUUUACCCAGGUCUGCCGUCUCACCCGCAGUACGAGCUGGUGAAGAGACAGUCCACAGGAUGCCCAGGGAUGAUCACCUUCUACAUUAAAGGCAAACUGGAACAUGCCACUGCUUUCCUCAAAAACCUGAAGUUGUUUUCUCUUGCUGAAAGUCUCGGAGGCUACGAGAGUCUGGCUGAGCAUCCAGCAAUUAUGACUCAUGCCUCGGUGUCUGAAGUGCAGAGGAUGGAGCUGGGAAUCACAGACACGCUGAUCCGUAUGUCUGUGGGUCUGGAGGAUGAGCAGGACAUUAUCGCAGACCUGGAUCAGGCUCUCAGUGCAGCUCAUGCAAAGAAUUAAUCUCUCCUCCAUGGGCCUGGAGCUGUGACGACAUUUCAGCAGAGCAAAUGACACCUUUAUGUUUAUUGUGGCACAUAUUUUUCUUUUCUUUUUAUGCACAAUAAUAUAUAAAUAUUUUUAUUUCAGGGAACAAACUUGUCACAAAUCUGAGCUUCCACACAUCAGGGUUGUGUUUUUUUUUCUUUCCUCCAGAUAAAAUGUGACUCAGUGCCUUUGUGUUUUGAUGCUUGGUGCUUUUUCUUUAUUUGUAAUUUUUAGAAUCUAUUAAUUACUUCUGUAUAAAUGAUUAAUGUUAAGUGGGAGUGUUGAUUAAAUAAAUAACCAGUGGCACAGAUUUAAAAGCAAGCUGUGUAUGGAAGUGUGAACCUGACUAAGGGAAUUCGUAGCCGAUGCUGCUGCUGUAUUUUUGUCUUUUUGUACUGUGCUGUGUGUGAAUGAGUCUGAGCGAACAACACAACUUCACAGCCAUUCAAACCCACUGAUAUAUAAACAAAAGCCAAAACAAAACAACACCUCUGUGUACUGAAGGAAACGACUUGAGUCUAUCACAGUUUACAUGAACGUACACAAGAAAAAUGCCAAGCCAUAUGUUUUUUAAAUAAUGAGGAUGCUUUGAUUUGUCGUCUUUGCUGCUCGACCCAUUAAAACUCUUCUGUAAUGUA